GCAACACCGUAACCCUGGAGGUGUGCUCCGAAGAGACCCUCUACCAGAUUAUGAUGCGCUACCUGCCUCACAACUCGCACAUGCUCUCCUACUCCUGGCGGUACCUGGGCCGGGGACUGUGCCUGACCAAGACCCUGGCCGACAACGGCGUGCCUGAUGAACGGGACCGCUUCAGCGAUGUGGCUCUACCAGAGAACAUGCACAUACCGGCGCUACUCAUCUACUAUAAUGACGACUUGACUGAAGAUCCCCACCGGGAUGACUGCUUCUGCCACGACGAAGGUUGUGUGAAAUGUGGAAAAGUUGAAGUUUGA